ACACUACUACUAGAGAGAAAUUAUUUUAUAAAUUAAUUUUCUAGCAGCAUAUGCAUAACAUAACCAACAAAAAAUGAUUCCUCUAAGAUCAUAUUUGAUUAUUGUACUAAUUGCUGUUUUCUUUUCAUUCACAUAUUCUGCAAUUGAUACUACUAAACAUGAAGAAAAUUUCCUACAAUGUCUCUAUAGUUAUUCACAUAACUCAACUUCAAUGUCUAAACUUGUGUACACCAAAACCAAUUCCUCUUACUCAUCAAUACUCCAAUUUACCACUCAAAAUCUCAGAUUUGCAUCCAAAACAACACCGAAACCUCUUGUCAUUAUCACACCUAAACAUAUUUCCCAAAUUCAAACAACCAUAAUCUGUUCCCAAAGACAUGACCUGCAGAUUCGAAUCCGAAGCGGCGGCCACGACUUCGAGGGUCGGUCCUAUGUUUCUGAAGUCCCAUUUGUCAUCAUUGAUUUCACAUACUUCAGAGAAAUUACAAUAGAUGUAGAAAAAAGAACUGCUUGGGUUCAAUCUGGUGCAACACUUGGUGAACUUUACUACACAAUUAGCCGAAAAAGCCGAAAUCUUGGUUUUCCUGCCGGUGCUUGUCCUACUGUAGGUGUUGGUGGACACUUCAGUGGUGGUGGCUAUGGAAACUUGGUGCGUAAAUUCGGUCUUGCAGCUGAUAAUAUUAUUGAUGCUCACAUAAUUGAUGUGAAGGGUAGGUUUCUUGACAGAGAAGCAAUGGGUGAGGAUUUUUUUUGGGCUAUUAGAGGAGGUGGAGGAGCAAGUUUUGGAGUCAUAAUUUCAUGGAAGGUUAAACUUGUUCAAGUUCCAUCAAGUGUGUCAGUGUUCAAUGUGCCAAAAACAUUGGAUCAAAAUGCAACAAAGCUUGUUCACAAGUGGCAGUUUGUGACAAGUACAAUUGAUGAAAACAUAGCCAUUUAUGUUAUCUUGCAAAGGGUAAAUUUAAGUAAAAAAGGUAAGUCAAAUUCAACAGUACAAGCUUUAUUUCAAGCCUUGUUUCUUGGAAGUGUAGAUAAACUCAUUCCCUUGAUGAAAGAAAAGUUUCCAGAACUUGGUUUGGUUAGAGAAGAUUGUAUUGAGAUGAGUUGGAUUGAAUCGGUUCUUUACCUUUAUGGAUUUCCGAAAGGCGAAUCACCUGAAAUGUUGCUCAACAGAACACAAGCUGCAAAGGAUAUUUUCAAAGUAAAGUCUGAUUUUGUGAGAAUUCCCAUUUCUGAAAUUGGAUUAGAAAGAAUGUGGCGUAUGUUUCAUGAAGAUGGUGCCAAAGAUUCAAUGGUGUAUUUUUUUCCUUAUGGUGGCAUAAUGAAUAAUAUUUCAGAGUCUAAAAUUCCAUUUCCACAUAGAUAUGGAAAUUUAUACCAAAUUUUGUACUCGGUUCAUUGGCAUCAAGAAAGUGAUGAGGUGGAAAAAAUUAAAAUGAAUUGGAUUAGAAAACUGUAUAGUUUUAUGGAACCUUUUGUUUCAAAGUCACCAAGAGCUGCAUAUAUCAAUUAUAGAGAUCUUGAUAUUGGGGUGAAUAAUAACAAUGGAUACACAAGCUACAAGCAAGCUAGUAUUUGGGGUGUUAAGUACUUCAAGAACAACUUCAAAAGAUUGGUAAAAGUGAAGACCAAAGUUGAUCCUCUAAACUUCUUCAGAAAUGAACAAAGUAUACCUUCACAUUUGUCCAAGGGACACAGAUAGAAUUCCUUGAAGCAUCUAAGUUCAUAAUAGAGUAAUGUAAUAUGCUUCGUUAUUUCUCUUUUAUGUGGUGAGUUUAAUUCAAAUUAGUUAAGAAUAAUAGUUUUCUUGUAGCGCAAGUAACUGUGUCGAUAGAGUUAGUUUUCUGUUAUAACAACUAGUUUGUUCGUGUUUUAUUUCUGUUAUGUACUUGAGCAAUUAUAGCUCUUUCAAGUGUUGAAUAAAUUGAUG